ACGAAUUAAUAGAUAGGUAUAUAAAGUAUAUAAGAGUAAAUAACAUUAUGUUAGACUUUUGAUCUGUUACUCAAUUGAACAAUAUGUUCAAGUUACUAGUUUUCGUUUUUGCUAUUACAACAGUGAUCGCUUAUGAAACAGCUUUUCAAUACCCAGUGACCUGCCCACCUUUUGACCCAUCGGCACCUCCAGUCUACGAACCUGACCCAUACUACUGUGAUAUAUUUUACGAAUGCUCUGGAAGUACUCCCUUCCAAUUCCACUGUGCUCCUGGAACAAACUUCGACAUCAAGACGAAUCUAUGUGAAUUCAAUGUUGACUGUGGAGACCGUUCAACAACUGUAGGAACAACGACCGAAGGAACACAACCCCCAAAAUUUUAAUCAAAUAAUGAUAAUAAAGAUAUGCCCAAACUUUAAUAAAACUUGAACCAUU